CUUUGCAGGAGGACUGAACAGUCUCAUUCCUUCAGAGCCACUUACUGAAAAUCUGCUAUCCAGAGAUGUCAACAGAUGCUGCACUUGGCUUAGUCUUUAGUAACAAGUGUUAAUUGGGUCUCUGUCCUCCAAGAAGCUUCCUAGCUACUGAAAAGAAUCCCAAAAACAUGGAAAAUAAAGGUCUUUGUAUUCCCUCCCACUUCGAAUACCAAUUUUUAAAAAUUAAAAUGUCUUUCACCUCCAGUGCCCACUUGGGCUUCACCAUUACUCUCUGCUUCUCCCUAUCCCCACCCCCCCUCUAAUGGCCUUUUCUCGUCCUCAUUCACAGGGAGGAAUGGUCAUCAUGCUUUUGCUCAGUGUGGCCAUCACAGUGCUCUCUGUCAUCAACGUGGGCAAGAGCAUCAUGUUUGUCAUGACACCCCACCUGUGGGCCACCUCCUCCUUGAUGCCCUUCAUCGGCUUCCUGCUAGGCUACGUUCUCUCUGCUGUCUUCCGCCUCAAUGAACAAUGCAGGCGCACUGUCAGCAUGGAGACUGGAUGCCAAAAUAUUCAACUCUGCUCCACCAUCCUCAAUGUGACCUUCCCCCCUGAAGUCAUCGGACCACUUUUCUUCUUUCCUCUCCUCUACAUGAUUUGCCAGCUUGGAGAGGGGCUUCUCCUCAUUGUCAUCUUUCGGUGCUAUGAGAAAAUCAAGCCUUCCAACGGUGAGUACUGAAUUAUUCCCCUUGGAGAUCUCA